CUCCCUCAGCCGAAAGACAUGGAUGCCGCGAGCGGCUGCAAAUUCCGGGAAAAGUUCCGCCCACGGCACACCGGAGAAAACUGAAGCGAGAAAAUUAUGUUAGGGUUUCGUACUCUCCCAUGCCAAUGGAGCUCCGCAUCUGUCCGCCUUCUUUCUUCAACUCCUACACCUUCUUCCUCCUCAAAAAUAUCUCUCCGCACCGUUCCACGCUUCAAAUUCACUCUCCAUUACGCGUUGCUCAUGACGCGAUCUCAAAUUCCUCGAAACCGCGCAAGAUUUACGGCGUUCUCUGGCAAUGGCGAUAAUGGUCUGGGAGGAAACAUCAAAGAGAGAGAAGGAGAAAGAACUGGGGCGAAGGGCUCCAACGGAGGAGACGAUUUGAAGAAAGAACGAGGGCCAGUUUUCAAUAUCAAAUGGGCGGAACUUCUGAUUGAUCCGGAUCCUGACAACAUCUUGGCGGUUGCGUUGACUGGUUUGCUUGCUUGGGCAAGCGUUCAGGUUUUGUGGCAGCUAUUCUUCAUCUCUUUGGCUAUUUUAGUGGCAGCUCUCAAGUACUCUUUUAUUGCAGCACUUCUUAUUUUCAUUCUAAUUACACUGCUCUAGAAGAAGAACAGUAUUCUUGCAUAUUCCUCUUGUGCUUGAUUUAUUGGGUUUCACUGUAAUUUCAUGGCCUCGGUGUAUAAAAUUAUGUUUGGAUUUGGAAUAGUCCUGAGAGUUUUCUUCCCCUUAAUGUGACGUGUUUUUACUGUUAACAGUUCUGAAAAACAGAACACAUACARUUAAGUUUUGAGUGUUCUGAAAAUAUUUACAGAACACUUUGUAAA